UCUCCUUGGCCUGACGCUGAGAAACGCACGAUGUGACAUCUCAACAUCAACCCGGAUGUUCCACGGCUCACGUUACUGCCAAGGUGCGCGUCAGUAGUCACACUUUGGGGAAUAGGAUUAAUGGAGGGCAGCUGACUUCAAACACCUCAGAAUCGAAAAUGCUGUGCAGACUGCUGGCACGAAGGUGGAAGGUACUGUUCGCCGGAUGCCUGUUGCUGAUUGUCAGCGAAUUCCUGCGCUCCGGACAGGACAAAAAUCCGCUCAAACAUAUAAAACUAGAAUUGAACUUCCCAAUCAUUGGCAUGAUAGCAGACAGGAACGCUAACGGUCCUCAACUGGCGCCAAAUGGCGGUGACGUCACCGUGGACCAGGUCUGCGUCCCGGCCGUGACGUCACAGAUUGGUCCACUUUUCCACGUGACCAACAGCAGUGACUCCAAGUUCUCCUUCAGACGAAAUCCCAGAUGGAGCAAGUCUACGUGCACUGAAAGUUUGCAGAGGACAGCCUUUGAGUCGACAGAGUUUGCCCCGAUCUUUCGGCCAGACAUACAGAUGCUGAUCAACUGCAACUUGUUUGAUGUAAGAGAAUACCGGCGGAUGCAGAAGUGGGAAAUACCAUUUGGAUACCACUACUACAUGGGAAACAUUACUUAUGAGGAGGUCCGAGAUGUUCUGAACCUGUUUCCAUCGGACAAUACCAUCUUCAACUUUAGGGGGAGGAGCAGGUCUCAGUGUAUAACCUGUGCUGUGGUUGGCAACGGUGGGAUGUUGAACGGUUCCAGGAUGGGCAUGGAAAUUGACAAGCAUAACUACGUUUUCAGGGUGAAUGAAGCCUAUACGAAAGGCUAUGAGGAAGACGUAGGCAGUAGGACAACACACUACGUGUUCUUCGACCGCUCCCUCCGUUACAUGAAGCCAGAGGACUACCCUGUUAGCCCGAACAUCACGUACAUCUAUGUGCCGUGCAGAAAAGAGGACUUCUCAAACCUGACCGCCAUAGGAAAACGUGUGGGCGAGUUCAAAGUACCACCCGAACACGUUCGAAUCAUCCAUCCCGACUUCAUGCGAUACAUUCACUUUGUGUGGAUGAGAGUGAAGUCGUUUCGCCCCACCACCGGCGCCGUCAUGGCCAUGACAGCCCUCCACGCCUGCGACAAACUCAGCCUGUACGGACUGGGCUACAACAACAAGUACAGCAACCACUACUUCGAUCGGAAGUACAAGAAGUUCAGAGUUUUUCGACUAAGUCAUGAUCACGAGCGGGAGAUCAGACUGUGGGACAGUCUGGACAAGGAAGGCCUCGUGCACUGGUACAGACGAGACGUGUUCUGAGGGCGUCUUGUCUCAGAUACAGUUCAGUACCAAGGACAAGACCAGAAAAGUGGACAGAUGCAAAAAA